AUGGCCUUCGAGAUCCGAGCAGUUCGCAAGGCCGUGGCUGAGCAAGGCGACGGGCAUUUGAUUCACUACAAGAAGGUGGAGCUGGUGGCCCUUCGGGUCCUACAGCUUCUGAAAGCCUCGGACCGGCUUCGAAACAGCCUACUCUACGACUCCAACGCUGAGGAGGAUUCGGCUGCCUACACAGCGUUCCACGCGACUGUCGAGUUCUUGAAGUCCUUCUGCGAGUGCGAGCCGCACUAUCGCGGCCUCUUCGUCAAGAAAGAAGUGUUCGAGUUCUUGGUGUCCUGCAUUGCGCUGGCGGAGCAAGUCCCGGUUUCGCAGAUGCUCGUGUCUGUCUUUGCCAACAGCGACAUGCGAAUCAACAUGCAGUUCGUGGAGAAGCUGAUCCAGGCUGUGGAUGAGAACUUCUCCAAGAAUCAGCAGUCUUCCCUUAAUGCAUUGCUGGUCUUGAAGAGCAUCGUGACAACUUUUGCGGAGAACGUGGAGACCCGUGACAAUGGGAACAUCAUCAUGCGCCUCUUCAUGGACAACAACACGGAGAAACGCAUCGAGAACCCGUACAUCCCGAUGGCCUUCGAGGCUUUCCGUGAUUCCGUCGAGUUCAUGCUUGCGGACAACCAGCACAUGGCAGAGCACAUUGAGUUUCUCAAGAAGCAAGAAAAGGAGGAAAGCAGAGGCCGAGCCAAUGUGACCACAGAGAGGAUCGGUCGGCAAAAGCCGGGCAAGAAAAAGGAAGCGAAGGAAGAAGAGAGCAGUCCCGCCGCUUCGGGGCUCAGCGCUUCACGGGAAGAUUCACUGCAGGGCUCGGAGCAGUCCCAAAAGAGCGGCAAGCCAGGCACGUUUGGCGCCGCUGCUGCUGCCACCACGGGCACCGGUUUUGAUGACAGUUUUGCAGACUUUGACAGCGCUGCUUCAGAGGACGAAGGCGAAGCAGAACAAGAGGCUGCAGCCACCUUCGGCACGCGGAAGUCCGUGCAGAAAGCACAGCUUGCCGCCAAUGCUCUUGUGGCCAAGCUACAGAAGGGAGAGGAUGCGAUGGACGAAGCCAAGCACUUCGUUCAGUACGGAAGCAGCAUCCCCGAUGGCUUGGUGGUGGGGUGCUUCGGCUUGAGGGCAAGAGGAAUCAAGUCCCAGCCAGACGUUCUGGCAUUUCUUCUCGCGCAUAAAGGAAACCCCCAUGCAGAAGAUCCGAUGACCCAAGGACCCGCAAUCCACAGCGCUUGCUGGCACGGGUCCGUAGAGGUCGUGAAGGUUCUCCUGGAGUUCAAGGCGGACUUGGAGGCGAAGGAGCCUAAGAUGGAGACGCCUCCACUGAACACUGCUAUUGCGGCCGGAAAUGCGCCGGUGUGCCUGGAACUGCUGAAGCGCAACGCCGACGUGCAGUGGAAGCACCACGAUGGUGCAACAGCCCUACAUGUUGCCACAGCAUGGAUCGCAAGUUCUCACAACUCAGAUUUGCGCAUGCCUCCCACUGGCGAGGAGCCAAGGAAGGUAAUUGCCAUGAUGCUCCACAACGGUGUGGACCCCACCCAGACCGAGGGCAUGUCCAAGGGCACGCACCGGUCGGAAGGCAUGACGCCUCUGGAGUCUUUUCGCCGAGAGAUUGCGAGGUCUCCCUGGCGGACGCACGAGCAGAUUGGUCGCAAGUUCGAUGAAACAGCGAAGUCCAUCCAUUUGCUCCUCGAGCAGGCGGAGGAGGCCGUCAAACUGAAGCAGACUGGCAACAAGGCCCUGAAGGAGAAGCGCUACGAUGACGCGCUGAAGGCUUGGAGGCAUGCCCGUGAAAUCUGGAAGAAGGCAGACGUCAGUGGUCACCAUGUUGCUGUUCUGUGGAGCAACGAAGCCAUAUGUUGCCGGCAAAUGGAAGGCAUGAACUUGGCGGCAGCCAUUCAGGCUUGCGAGGAAGGCUUGAAGCUGUAUGCGCUGCCGCAGAUCCGACAGAAGCUGCAGCACAGCUUGGAAGAGGCCAAGAAAGGUCCCAAGGAGAAAUCGCCGGAAGAGGAAAAGAAGCUAGAAGAACUCGUGCAACAGCACAAGGAGAAGAGACAAGAACAGAAGAAAGAAUGGAAGAACUUAACUUCAAAAGCAGUCGCUGCGGAAGGAGGCAUCUAUGGGGAGGAUGGAAGCGCUCAGAAAGACUAUGUCAUUCCAGGUCCUUUCAUCUGCCCGAUGAAAGAAGCCCAGGAAAUGGGCCUCGGACCGCCUCCGGAGCCAAAGCCAUGGUGGGAGAAGCGAGAUGCAGAUUCUGAUGAGGAACCUGAAAGGAGGGGAAUUGGUUAUUUGCCCGCUCAUCAUCCAAACUGGCUCGUGCUCGCAAACUUCUUUCCUACCUGUUUCCAGCUUGCGACGAUUGAGCUUGUCAUCCGUUGCUCUUCCUUCGGCUUCAACAAGACAGUUCUCAAGCAGUUCAGCAAGAGCGUCACGGAGUCCCAGCUUCGUAAGGAUGAUAUGGAGGAGGCUGAGGAAGGAGCCGUGGAGGCGGAUGCCAAUCAGCAGGAUGACGAUGGCACCGUUGCCAGACAGAAGUAUUUUCGCCACGUGAUCUUCUGGUUGCACAUGCAGGACAACAUGAUCAACAUUCCUCUGAUUGUUCAGGAUGGCUUCAUCCGCAUGAUGUGCAUCCUUCUGAAACCCCACGAGGUCGAGGAUGUGCUCCACAACCGCUUUACUGCCAAGCAGCGACGGCUGCGCAGCAACGCUGUCAAGCCCACGGACACCGUGUUGCUGCUAAUCAGAUGGUUCACGGAGUACUUCAAGAGAUUUCCAGAUCUUCAUCUUUUUGGCAACCGAAUAUCGCCAGUGGUGGAGGCAAUCGAUGAGCGUGUCACCUACGAGCUGUCGCCUUUCUUCGUGCGGGAUCAUAUCUUCCUGCUCUUUACACAGGUGCUGCAUGCCUACAACAUCCAAAGGACCUGGGGCAAGGACUGGUUCUCCAGCUCCGUGCGCGGAGGACAAGAAGAUCAGCCACCCACCAUCUCUGAGCCGAUCUUUGCGGACUUGGUGCGUCGGCAUGCGUUCGAGCUUGCCGAGAAGGAGGGCGAUGCCGCUGGUGCUCAGGCACACGGCGACGCAGAGGGAGAAGGCGAUGAUGAUCGAGCCAACAUGACAGACAUCAUCGGCGAGCUGUUUAAGGUACUCUUCAAGCAACAGGAUUGGGCUGCUGAAGAUUGGGGCGUUGACCAGGAGCUGAUGCACAUUAUUCGGAUGAUCCUGUCUCUGGGCUUGUGCAAUGCGAGCGAAGUAGAAGCCGCAAAGCAUUGCCUACAGCGGCUCGGAGUGGGCAUGGAGCAGGACUUCCAGAUAGUUGAACAGACUCGGGGCGAUCCCGACAUUGGAGAGCAGCAGGGGGCCGGAGCUGGAUUGGACGAGGAGUCUGAUGAGGAAGGCAACCCUCGAAACCGGUCGCGCGUCGUGGGCUUGCAUCGAGGCUUCGUUGGUCAAGAAGAUGAAAUGUACACUCCAGCGUUCCAGACCCUGAAACCGCUGGAGGACUUUGGCGGCAGGCUACCUGACAUCAAACGUAAUCCGCAGUCGGACACCAGCAUCAAGCAGCAGGAGCGUCUCCAGGACUUUCUCUAUGAGCUCGUGGAGAUGCCAGACAUGGCGUUGGCGAAGUCGCUCCAUGUGGACGUCAAUCUCUGGCGCCGACAGCUGAUCCAGCACCCCACCUUCUUGCUCAGGGGAAGUGAUGAGCGGAUGUGGCACGUCGGAAAGGAGAUCGUACAGAGACUGCAAGGCUUGAGCUUCAAGCUGACCGCUGGGGAAAAUCUGUUUCAGGAGUUUAGCUGCGAAGUCCAUGUACUUCGACCAGGCGAUGGCAACGUGGCUGGGUUGUCCCUGCCAAAAGACAAACGCAAGGGAAAUGACCACCAAUGGAGGGGGCAUGGGACUGCUGGAGAAGGACUUGUCAACAAUCAAGUCUACUUCGAGGUCGAAGUCAACGGAAAGGACGUCGUCUUCUUGAAGAACAUGUCCAGCAAUCUAGGCCGAGUAAAGGUUAGAUUGCAGCUGCUGGGAUGCCAUACUGUGACGCUGCGCAGCCGCUGCCUUUUUGACACCGCCGAGUUCCAGCUCGCAGUCUCCAAUCCUCGGAUGGUUGCCCUGACUUCACCCAAGGCAUUCUCUCCGGAGGUCAUCAUGAGGGCAGCGAAGGUCGGUGCUCAGAGGCAAGCCGAGGCUCUGCGGCCUGUGGUGGCUGGCCAUGAGGAGGAUGCAGAAGAGGAGGCCGGCCCCAUGACCGAGUCCAAUACUACUGGUCAAGUGAAUGCUCUGGACGGAUUGGAAGCCGGAGGGAAGAAGGUCAGCAUGGCCAAGCGGGUGAUUCACGAGCUGAUGCCGAGAUUCACAGAGAAGGUCAUUGAUUUGGUGGAGGACCGGUGCUUCAAGUUUGAGAAGCAGUCAAAGGGUCUCGACGAGCGUCUCCUCCAGGCCACAAGGGAGCACGAGCAUGAUUUCAUCAUCGCCAUGCUCAAAAGAUCAGUGUCAUUUGUGAUGCUGGAUGUCUUCCUGGAGAAGCUCGAAGUGGAGAAUGCCGACUUACUGUAUGUUCAGUAUCCUGCCAUGGUCGAAGUUUACGAAAGCAUUCAGGACGAUUCUGUGGAUCACGACGAGCUGGACGACAUUCCCAGGAUCUUAAAACGGCGCAUUGACGACGGCAGUGUGGAUGAAGAAGGGGUCCGCGAGCUGAUUCCGGCAGAGGCAAGGCUGCUCCUCGUGCAGACGUGGAUCAUGCGCUUGUGUCAUGCAAUCCGAACCGUUGCUUUCCUCGGGAUUCAGCGGAUGGAUAUCCUCAGCGCUACGGAUGGUGUGGAGGACGAGCAGGACGUGGAGAAGGAGGACGACUUGGGGCUGGACGGUGAAGGUGGUUCUGCAGAGCUUACAAUGUGGUCCUCUUGCCGAGCUGUGCUCAACAUUCUCCAGGAGCUGCUGAGCCGAAACGACGAGAUAGAAGAGCUGUGGGCAAGGUCCGUGGCAUCAAGUUCGCAGUGCAUCGUGAACAGCUCAAAUGGGAAGAUGAACCUCACUUUUCUGACGGAGAAGGCGACUUUCUUCUGUCCGUUCAGCUACCAACAAGCUUCCUCGGCCUCUGCGGGCGCAGGCUCUCUCGGGAAGCUCAAGAACUUCUUCGAAGAGGCGCAGGUGCCGGAAGUGGACCCACUGAUGCUGGUGUCGGUGCUGCUCUACCAUCCACAGGCAUUGAUGCGUUUGGACGCAUUCAAACUUGGCUGCCGGAUUUUGCGAGAUCCCAACGAGGUCUUGCAGGAGGCAUACAAAUCCCAUACCAGCGACGAGAUGCAUUUGCAAAAGGCUGUCGGAUUUCAGUUCUGCGUCUUCGAGGAUCUCUACAAGCGCGAUACAUACACCGAAAACCACAUCGACAUGAUGGCAGCAAUGCUCAAGCUCAUUCAGCAGCUGUGUGAGGGCCAUCUGCAAGCCCUUCAAGAGUUCCUGGGUGCGGAUUACACAGUGGAGGAGCUGGACAUAUUCUCAGCAAAGACUCUUCCGGGCGGAGAAGAUGAAGAGGAGCACAAGGCAGAAGGUCGCCGACACGAACAAGAGUUGGAGAAGAAGAGUGAACAGCCGACCAACAUCGUGCAGUGGAUCUCCCGAAUGAUCCACAUGAUCUUGGAGAGCAUGCAGGAGGCCACCAUGAACGGGCGGGAGAAGCAAUAUGUCCUGGUGCAGCAGCUGUUCGACACAGCAGCAGAGCUGAUUCAAGGACCGAACCUGGAAAACCAAGCCACGCUGAUGGAGAACGGUAUUUGUGCUGACAUCAAUCUGCUCUGGCGCAUUCUCAGAGCGGAUGAAGGCACGUUCCGGGGCCUGAUCCAGGACAAUGAAGAGCUUUUCGAUGCAUGGAUGGAUCUGUUGAGAGUCAUGCGGGCAGCGGAGAUCGCUGCAUUGAAGUUUGCCAUGUCGUUACUGGAGGAGAUCCAGCUCUCCGAGGAUGACAACGACUUUGCGGAGCAGCAAGAACAGGUUAUGGCGUUGGCGCACCAUUGCGCAAUCUGCCAGCUCUCCUGGGUCGGCCCAGCUGAGUCCUGGCAGACACACGAGACUGGAAAGACACACCGCAAGCGACUUCUAAAUCCACGAGCCCCUCGAAGUGACGACACUCAGGCAUGUGGGCCGCAAUGGUCGCGACUGUCCCCGCCAACAGGAUCCAGAAAUCCGACGCAGUCUUCGGCCAUUCAAUUCUGGCCCUGGCCGGGUGACGAUUCCACCUUCAACAAGCUCGCUGAGAGGUUCGUCACUCAUCUCUGCCAGAGGUCGACAAAGCAGGUUGAUGAGGCCGCUGAUGUGGUGACUGAGACGAGUUUUGAGAUUCCCCUUGCGGUGCUCCGGGCACAGAAGGCACGCGAAGUCCAAGACCAGAUGCGCCGAUGCCAACAAGAGCCUGACGACUUUGACGACAUCGAAGCUUUGUGGGGGUAUGCCAAAGAGAAGUUCGCCCUGCGUUCGGCCAUGGCCUUCAAUGCCCUCACAAAGUUUGCCCCACCUACACUGAGAGCCAAGCUGGCUGGGCCUUUGCGUGUAGCCGCUUUUGGCGGGGGACCUGCCGCAGAAGUUUUUGCCGCCGUGGUUGCGAGAGAUCUGGCAGAUGGCACCAGCGCCAAGCUUGCGGUUUACGAAUGGGUGGAGACGUGGCGCCCGAUUGUGGAAGUCGUUUCCAAGCUCAUCGGCGAAGACAUUGAGUAUCAUCAUUGCGAUGUCUCCAAGUCCUUGUUCGACGACGCGAAUAGACACCUUCAGCCCGCCGACCUGCAGUUCUCUUGGAGUGUGGGCGAGGAGACGGAGAAGCGCCACUGCAGUUCUUGCGAGAUCUCUGGGAAUGCUGUGAUGGCACUGUUUUGGUGCUGGACGCCGGGCAAGCGCGGGGCCGCGGCUGUCGCUCACGUCCCCUGGCGGGAUCACUGCGACAAGUCCAGAUUCUCGCGAGACGAGUUCCUGGCAGAGCCGUCGCAUCUGGCGUCUUGUGAGGCAGCAGAUCCACAGUUUGAAGUGGGGGUGACCGAAGAGGACGAUGAGGCUGAGGCGGAUGACCAAGAGACCGACGAAAAGAUCAUUCGUCCAAAGCGGGAGAAGGCCUGCCUGACCUACACGCUUGAUGAGCAGUACGAGGACUGCUUGAAAAUAUGUGGCCUAUGCUAUUCUCUGUUCCAUGCAGUGUUCUCAGCACCUGAGACUAGAACACAGUUGUUCAAGGACGUGAAGAUAGAGCAGCCAGCCGACAUGCCAGUCUACACCAAACCGGAGUGGGCCACGGCUAAAACCAAGAUCUUUGAUAGGUUCCUGGAGAAGGUCCAGAAGAUGCUCGGAGAGAAAUACCUGCACUUCCUUUUCGGGCAGGUGGAAAUCGUGCGCGGGUCUCGACUUCAGCGUGUCUACUUCCUGGUGCCGAAGGCGAUCCGAGUUUUGAAAAACCACUCCCUGGUGCACAAGUGGCAAGAGGAAUGCCUUGUGAACGUGAAGCGCACAUCACCUGAGGCACAGAUCGACGACUUUGCUGAUUUAGUGAACGGAGAGUACAUCUCCUUCGUUCAGAAGCAGUUCGACCUCUUGGGAAAGCCAUGGCCUUUCAACAGAGCGGGAGAAGUCAUCGCGCUUUGCAUCAAUUCCACGAUGCUCACGACUGCCAUCAUCAACAGCAUCCUGGUCUUCGUGUACACAAGCUCAUAUUCCGAACAUUCUAUUCUGGAACAAGACAUCCACUAUCCGAACCAGCUGUCGGUGUACAUCCUGACGUUCUUUGCUGGCAUCCACUUCAGUCUCUCACUGCUGUGGCUUGGAUUCUACGUGCUUUCAUACAGCGGCUGGAUCAUCGAGACCAAGGUCGACAAGUGGCGCGAAGAGAAUCCACAACUGCAGAGCCAGCUGAACAAUCUGCUCUACAGGCUCAGCUUGCAGGCAAAGUUCUUCUGCAGCGACAAACAGCUCCUCUACACGCUGUUUCUGCUGGCAUUCUCCUUCCUUGGACUCUUCGUCAGCUUUCUCUUCAACGCCGUCAACACCAUCGAUCUGUGCAUGCGCAUCCCCAUCUUGGCCAAAGUGAUCGAGUCCAUGACACAAAGCGUGGAACAAGUCGCUGGCACCAUGGUGCUGGGCUUCUGCAUCCAGUAUAUUGCCGUCGGUGCGGGGUUCCUCCUCUUCAGUCAGGGCUAUGGUUUUGCUGAUAAGGACACCUCCGGCUGUUCCACCUUGAUGGAGUGUCUCCGUGCGCACUUCGACUAUGGCUUUCGCAGUGCACCAGUCUGGAGCGGUCCGAAGCUGACCUACACGCGAUUCACAUUCGACUACGUCUACAAUCUGGUGAUCAUUCUGAUCAUGGCGGCAAUCAUUUCAGGAAUUAUCAUCGAUGCAUUUGCCGACCUGAAGGAGGAACAGAAGAGCAUCGAGGAGAAGAUGAAGUCUAGUUGCUUCAUAUGCUCCCUCAGUAAGUCUGAACUGGAGCGUAAAAGGGUGAAGUUCGAGAACCACAUCCUCAAGGAACACUACAUGUGGGCUUACGCUCGCUUUCUCUUGUAUCUGGAAGAGACUGAUCCGGCUGAGCUGAAUGGCCCAGAGAGCUACGUGAAGCAGCAGAUCAAGGAGAACAACACCGGCUUCUUCCCCAUCGCGCGCUGCAUCGCUAUGGAGUCGAGUGAUGCUGGCGAAGAACAUCUUGAGAGGGAAGUUCGGGUGAAAGACCUGGAUGAGUUCAAAGAGAAGAUCAAUUCAUUGGCAGAGGACACAGAGAUCAUGAUACAAACCGAGCGGGGAAUGAAGGCCGACAUGAAGGAGCUGAGGGAUGUCGUGACGCAGCAGUCACAGAAAGUGCAGGCAUUGAACCAGCUUCUCGCAUCGGAUGAAGAUGGAGAGAAGAAGAAGAAAAAGAAGACGGGCUAA